CAGGAAAGCUUAUGCUCUAAUACAUGUGCUAGUCUCUAAGGUGCCACAAGUCCUCCUUUUCUUUUUCGUUUUAAAACAGCCUCAGUUUUGGUUAAAAACGAAAAAUGGAGUCUUGAGUCCAGUUUGAUUUCCAGACAGAAGUAACUUUUUUCCAAGCUGGAGCUCAUAAGUGAUCUGAGUCUUGCAAUUGAAAAGUACCUCUUCUUAGUCUUUGACUUUUUUCCAUCUUAAUUUUGGCUUUAUUUUUUUGUGAUACAACUAGAAUCUAACGAAGGGUGUAAUAUUUUCAGUAACUCCAAAUGGCUGGGUCAGGGAAAGGAAGAGGACGUGCUGCAUUUACUUUCAACAUCGAGGCUAUUGGCUUUGCCAAAGGUGAAACGCUACCUGAAGUAGCAUUCAAGCCCCGUCCACUAUUUCCCCCAACAGAUUUUAAGCCAGUGCCUCUGAAAAUGGGAGAGGAAGAGGAUUAUAUGUUGGCCUUAAAGCAAGAAUUUAGAGCAAGUAUGAAAAAAAUGCCUUAUUUUAUGCGAAACGAAGAUGAAAAUCAAGGAAUUGAAAAAUAUAGUAAAAAGUACCUGCAGAUGAAAAAAGAAUCCAUGGAAUGGAUCCCAGAUUGGAGAAGACUCCCAAGAGAGAUGAAGCCAAGGAAAAAGACCAAAAAAGCAGGUGAAAAAACGAAAAAGGCAAAAGUUGCCACUCUCACAAGUCACGUGGAUGUGUUGAAAAAAAUUGAGGAGUUGGAAAAGAAAGGUGAUGAAGAAAAAUCUGAUGAGGAAAAGGAGAAAGAAAAAGACAAAGAGGGUGAAGAAGAAGAAGAAGCAGCAGCAAAUGAACAAGAAGAAUAUGAUGAAGAGGAACACGAAGAGGAAAACGACUACAUUGCUUCAUAUUUUGAAGAUGGCGAUGACUUUGGUGCUGGCAGUGAUGACAAUAUGGAUGAAGCAACCUAUUAGUUAUUUAUAUUCGAUUGUGUCCUACCCUGCCUUCUAAUACAGCCACUAAACUAUCUGUACCCAGUUAUUAGUGGCCUGAGCACCCGCAACUCUUGAUGCAGCUGCUUGGAGUUGGAGCACUGAGUUCACCCUCAGAUAAAAGGGCAUUUUUUUCUGAUUUGUUUAACUGAGUUGAAAAAUGGGAGACCUAGCUGCCAUAUUAAUGUUCUUCCCAAAUGCUUUGAAGACAGAUAUUUAUCACUGCAAGGUUCUCUAGAACUCUGUAUCUGGGAGUUCUAGAGAACCUUGCAGUGAUAAAUAUCUGUUUUCAAAGCAUUUGGGAAGAACACAUACGCCUUUCAGAGUAGCAGCCGUGUUAGUCUGUAUUCACAAAAAGAAAAGGAGUACUUGUGGCACCUUAGAGACUAACAAAUUUAUUUGAGCAUAAGCUUUCGUGAUCUAUAGCUCAUGAAAGCUUAUGCUCAAAUAAAGUUGUUAGUCUCUAAGGUGCCACAAGUACUCCUUUUCUUUUUACAUAUGCCUUUGUAUUGCUUCUGCUGCACUGGAAAAGAAUAUGCAUUUUGACUGAAUUGUGCCUAAGCAUUUGCACUUCUCUAUGCAUGGGAUGGAUCAAAUCCUGUUCCGGAUGUGAAGUCAUUUUUCAGAGGAUACUGAAGUCAGUAGCAAAACUUGUAUUGACUUAAGCGAACCAGGAUUUGGUCCUUUCUGAACACAAGCUGUUCUUACUUAGCUGCUGAUUUUCUAAAGGAAUUUAUAUAAUUUCUGUAAUCAGGGGAUUGAAAUCUAACUGAACACUGAGCACUUUCUUGAACAAAGUAGCCUAAAAGUACUUUGGUACUGUGGACUAAAAAGUAAGGAGAUAAUUUUGAAAGGCUCUUGCAUUCUAAUCAACAGACUUUCAUAAUUCAGCAUUUUGACGAAUAGGGAGCAUCUUUCAAACCAGUGCUUGUUGGGUGUAAGAAGACUUAAUAAAUGAGAUUAAAUUAAGUUUUAUGAAUUACUGUUGGGAAGUGAGGUCUAGAGCUAAUUAGUAGUUUCAUUUAGAGAGGGUUUGUGGCUGAGGUUUUAGCAAGGGAGUGGGAAACCAGGAAAUCCUGAUUUCUGUGUUUGGCUCUUCUCUGUGGCCUUGGACAAGUCCCUUAACAUCUCUGCAUCAGUUUCUCCAGCUGUUAAAUGGGGAAAAUACUACUUCCUACCUCAUAGUACUGUUGUGAGAGUUGAUGUUUGUAAAAAAUACUAGCUAUAUAAAUGUGAAAUAUUGUUUUUAUUUAAUUUACUUCCCAGCACAGCCAAAAAAUCAGAUUGUAAAAUAAAGGUACAUAUACUAAAAGAGUAAUAUGCUAUGGUAAACUGUGAGGGUGGUGAAAACAAUACCAUAAAUUUAUAAAUAUUCUAUUUUGUGGAUGAAUAUGUUGUGACUAUAAUCUUUCUAUUACAGUAAUCCUAGGAGUUAUUUGUAACUAUAGUUGAUAGGUACAACAUCUUCAAAUGUAUCUCUAAUAUUUUUGUGUCUAAGCAACUUAAAAUAGGUCUUAUUUUUUAAAAAACUGUUUGUUUUGUUUAAAUUCACACAAAAUGAAUCGAAAGUAUUGGAUCCUAAAAUCUCAGCAUCAUCUGAAACUGUCACUGUUUCAAUUAUGGCCUUUGAUGUCUUUUUAAAGUAGCCACAGGAGCUGUCUCCAUAAAAGGAGAAGCAUGUGGUUUUAUAGAAUAGGCUUUAAAUUUCCUUUCUGUCAAUCUUCAAAGAAACUUAAAGCUUAUUCUUCUUAUUGUUUUUUGUUUCCUUUAUGCUGCUCUUUUUCUCUGAAGUACUCCCAGCUGGACCCAUAACUACUCAAAGACAGAGCUGCUGAGGAUAAAUUUAAAGCAAAAUCAAUAGAAACCAUUUUAGCUGAUUUGAGGAUUGUGGGGGGCUUCAGAUUUUUUAAUUUAAUUUAAAAUUUAAUAAAAAUGAAUGAAAAAUUGAAAAUAAACUUUUUCCUCUAGAAUUAUCAAGCUCGGAAAUGUCACUAAAAGGCUCUAACCUAUGCUUUUGUUGUUCCUCUGCACAAAUUGGAACCUGUGUAAAUUGAUCAGAUUGGUCCUUUCUUUUCGCUCUUUAGCUGUUGAGAACUAAAAUAUGUUCUCAUCUAGUGAGAAACUGGUUUUUUGUUUUGGUUUUUUUAAAAAAAAUCUUGUAAGCUUGUUUCUUGAUGGUUGGGGAACACAUUUGGCAAACAAUACCUCAGUGCUAACUCUGAAACAAUAGAGAGAUAAAAUCAACAAAAAACUAUUUACAUAUACUAAUGAUUGUAUAACUUAGGGCCUGGCUGUAUUUUUUUUCCCCUGUGCUAAUUAGAAUGCUCUGAUAAACAAAAUGUGAAGCAAUUCCAAAGGAUGGGAAAACUAAAUACAAUACUGGGCACACUUUAAAUGUAUAUUUUAACCAUUAUUUUUAAAUGUUAAAUUGCUAUGUAGGAAGAUAUAGCAAAACAAUGUAAAACAACUUAUUUCUGUAUUAUUAAAUACUAUGCUAUAUUGCAACA